AAGAACCUUAAAAAUUGUCUUCAUUUUUUUGCUGUCUUCAGUCUUCACUGCUCUGCUGCGGAAUGGUUGCCAAUAUGAGCAACCCCUUUCUCCUCUUACUCUCACUCAUGUCAAUCAACCUUUUCUUAACCACCAUUGAAGGUAGAAUACUUCUCACAGUCACACAUGAUAACUCAGCAUCUCAUGAUCUUACUCAGAUAGGAAAAACAGAGAAGAUAAUGUUUUUAAGAGGAGAGAUGGGAUCAAAGCCUCCAAGAUGUGAAGGAAGGUGCAAAUCUUGUGGGCAUUGUGAAGCAAUUCAAGUCCCAAUCUAUUCUACUUCUGUUUCCAACAUUGACUAUAAACCCAUUACUUGGAAAUGCAAAUGUGGUUCUUCUCUUUUCAAUCCUUAAUUUCUAAUUCCUUUUUUUUUAUUCUAAUCAAAUGUCCU